UCUUUCACUUCCUUUCUUAGGCUUCCAUUUCAUAAGCUCCAAAAUUUCUGAUCUCGCGGGCAAAAAUCUGCGUAGCCAUGGAAGCUCCAGCAGAAGAGAAGGAAUCACCACCUGCAGAGCAAAACCCCAAACCUUCCCUUUUCCCGCUCUCUUUCGUCUCUAACAAUCCCCAGACUCAAAGCAAUCCUUCCAAUUCAAGCGUUCCGCAGUGGCUCUGCAACUCCAGCUUCACCACUGACCUAUCUGUCAUCAACGACGCUCUUUCAUCUCAAAGCAAUGUCUAUCCUUCCUGUUCCGCCGAUAGUGAGCAGGAAGAGGCUGUGGAAGAUGAAGGAGGUCCAAGUGAUAGACGCGAGGUGCAGAAGCCUUCUCGAUCAUAUGAAUUGCUGGAGUCUUCUGCUUCGGAGGACGAUUCUGAGCAUGAGAAGAGGAAGAAGAGGAAGAAGAAGAAGAAGAGGCGGAGGCGGAAUGAAUCUGAAGAAAGAGGGGGAUUUGGUGAAUACGGUUCGAGGAAGUCUGAUGUUCGGGCUUGGGCCGAUGCCGAUGGUAGACCUUCCAAGGAUUAUUACUUCGACUCUAAUGGAGACCGGGACAAUUUAGCAUUCGGUUCCCUUUACAGGAUGGAUGUUGCACGCUACAGACCACUCAACCGUGGGGAAAGACGUGGGCAGAAUUUUCAUGGAUUUUCUCAGUGGAAUAAAAGUAGUUCAGCCUUAGACAGAGAUGCUGAUGCUGAUGUGUUGGAUAAUAAAGUGAAAUCAGGUGGACGCUAUUGGUCUGCCAAGAAUGCAGCAAUAGAGCGACACAAGAACUUCAAACGUGUACGCAUUGGUUUUUCUAGGAAUACUUCAGACACAUUAUUGGAUGAUUUCAUUCCUUUGUCAGAUGUUCAAACAUCAAGUAAUAUUGAGGAAUCUUGGGAGGAUGAAGUGCUACGUAAAACGCGGGAGUUUAAUAAAUUAACUAGGGAGCAUCCCCAUGAUGAGAAGGCUUGGUUAGCUUUUGCUGAAUUUCAAGACAAAGUUGCUGCUAUGCAACCUCAGAAAGGUGCUCGCUUGCAAACCCUAGAGAAAAAGAUUAGCAUAUUGGAGAAGGCCGCUGAGCUUAACCCAGAAAAUGAGGAGCUAUUGCUAUACCUUUUAAAGACUUAUCAGAACAGAGAUAAUAUUGAUGUGGUCAUCAGUAGAUGGGAAAAGAUAUUGUUGCAGAAUUCUGGGAGUUAUAGGUUAUGGAGAGAGUUUUUGCAUCUCAUGCAAGGGGAGUUUUCUAAAUUCAAGGUUUCAGAUAUGAGACAAAUGUACGCACAUGCAAUUCAAGCUCUAUCGGCUGCAUGCAACCAGCACAUUAGGCAGGCCAAUCAAAUUGCCAAACCCUCAGUGGAGCAUGAUCUUAUUCAACUAGAACUUGGUCUGGUUGAUAUUUUCAUGAGUUUGUGCCGGUUUGAGUGGCAGGCUGGAUAUCAGGAGUUGGCUACGGCUUUAUUUCAGGCUGAGAUUGAAUUUAGUUUGUUUUGCCCUGCUUUGCAUUUAAAUGAUCGGAGCAAACAAAGAUUAUUUGAACACUUCUGGAAUACCAACGCUGAAAGAGUUGGUGAAGAAGGUGCUGUUGGUUGGUCUACAUGGUUAGAAAAAGAGGAGGAAAAUAGGCAAAAGGCUAUGAGAGAGGAGGCCUUAGAGGCUGAUGAAAAGGGUGGUUGGAGUGGUUGGUUCGAUCCAGCACCAAAAGAGAAUAAAAAUAGUGAUGGCACAGGAACUACUGCAGAAAUGGAUGUAGCAGCAGAGGAGACUGUGGAGGGAUAUGUGGAAGAAGAUAUUGAAAGAGAAGAUAGCACGGAAGCUUUGCUCAAAAUUCUAGGAAUCAACACCGAUGCAGGUGUUGAUGAGGAGGUUAAGGACGCCUCAACUUGGGCUAGAUGGUCAAAAGAAGAGUCAUCAAGAGACUCUGAACAGUGGAUGCCUGUCCGGGAAAGAACUGCAGACGUUAUUCAUGACGAAGGGAUGCCUGAUGGAGAAACAAACGAACAACUUUUAAGAGUUAUAUUAUAUGAAGAUGUCAAAGAGUACCUGUUUUCAUUGGUUUCAAGUGAAGCCCGCCUAUCCUUAAUCUAUCAGCUAAUUGAAUUCUUUAGUGGAAAAAUCUAUUCAAGGGCGUCUUCAAAUAGUUCAAGUUGGAUGGAGAGAAUACUUAGUUUAGAGGUGUUGCCGGACGAUAUAUUACAUCAUCUGAGAAGUGUUCACGAUGUUCUUAAUAAAAGACAAAUCAGUUCAAGUAGCUCAACUAUGGAGGUCCUUAUUGGAAGUUCUGAUAAUUUAUCUCAGAUGUCUGACAUGAUGAAGUUUCUUCGUAACACUAUCUUACUCUGUUUAACGGCUUUCCCACGUAAUUACAUAUUGGAAGAAGCUGCUUUAAUUGCUGAAGAGUUAUUUGUUACAAAAAUGAAUUCUUGUAGCUCCUCAGUUACUCCUUGCCGUUCCUUGGCAAAGAAUCUCUUGAAAAGUGAUCGUCAGGACAUGUUACUUUGUGGAGUCUAUGCAAGAAGAGAGGCAACUUAUGGAAAUAUUGAUCAUGCUAGAAAAGUAUUUGAUAUGGCAUUGGCAUCUGUGGAAAGCCUUCCAGUGGAUCAGAAGUCUAAUGCUCCUCUCUUAUAUUUCUGGUAUGCUGAAUUGGAGCUUGUGAAUGAUCAUAACAAUGGACACAAUUCAUCAAAUCGUGCAGUUCACAUUUUAUCCUGUCUUGGAAGUGGUACUACAUACAGUCCAUUUAAAUGUCAACCAUCAAGCUUGCAACUGCUGAGAGCACACCAAGGCUUUAAAGAUAAGAUCAGGGAAGUUCGAUCUACAUGGCUCCAUGGAGUUAUAGAUGACUCGUCUGUGGCUCUCAUAUCCUCUGCAGCUUUGUUUGAGGAGUUGACUACUGGAUACAAUGCUGGCCUUGAGGUUUUACAUCAGGCUUUCUCCAUGGUACUUCCAGAAAGAAGAAAGCAGAGCUAUCAACUAGAACAUUUGUUUAACUACUAUGUGAAGAUGCUUCGAAGACAUCAUAAGCAAUUAAGCCAACUGAAAGUUCGGGAGUCAAUUACACACGGGUUGCAGUUCUAUCCAUUAAAUCCAGAACUUUAUAGUGCUUUUCUGGAGAUUAGCUACAUUUAUUCGGUUCCCAGUAAACUUCGAUGGACUUUUGAUGACUACUGCCAGAAGCAACCUUCCCUGAUUCUUUGGAUUUUUGCAUUAUCCUUCGAGAUGGGUUAUGGGGGUUCUCUUCAUAGAAUCCGUAGACUAUUUGAGAAGGCAUUGGAAAAUGAAAAUUUGCGUCAUUCUGUUCUCCUCUGGCGCUGCUACAUUUCAUAUGAGCUGAACACAGCAUGCGAUCCUUCUUCAGCCCGGCGAGUUUUCUUCCGAGCCAUUCAUUCCUGCCCAUGGUCAAAAAAGCUGUGGCUUGAUGGCUUUCUCAAGCUGAACUCCGUUUUGAGUGCGAAAGAGCUUUCGGAUCUCCAAGAAGUCAUGCGCGAUAAAGAGCUCAAUCUGCGGACCGAUAUAUAUGAGAUUCUCUUGCAAGAUGAACUUGUGUCUUGAAUCUCAUCUUUGACGAUGUACUCCGGGCCUCAUACGUGUUGUAUCAUGUUCUCAACACUGGAACUUGCAAGGUCAAAAUGUUCUACCAGAAUUAUCUUCACUUUCCUCUCCCUCUUUGGGUAAUGUUGGGAUUUACCAUUUCUUAUUUAAAGGGACGAGGAGAUGGUUGUAAUUUGUAUUUUGUACAUUAGACGAAAGGAGAUAUAAUUAGUUGGCUUCAAUUCUA